UUUAACUUUAUUUUAAUUGCUAAAUUAAACUUGAGUAUAACGUAUAAGUUAAGUAUAUCGCCUUUUACCUGAUAGUGAGAGAGAAAUCCUAUAGAAACGUUAUUUGAUGGUGUUAGUCCUGGGAUGUAACAUGUAAACGUUUCUGAACGUCUUUCUACUAGUCAGACAAACGGAGUUUUACCUAGUGCCUAAUGUGAACAAAAACUUUGAAAACAUUGACAGUAAAGUAUGGCCUGUGGCCAUAUAUUUACCCAAAAACAUAAGGUAAAAGUUUUUUAAGGCACUUCAUCUCUAGUUUCUUGAUCCAAAUGCCUUCAUCUCCCAACUGUUAAUCAUAACAUCAACUUCCAAAAGCCAGAAAAAUAGAAAGAAGAUCCUGUUCCAUUAUUCCGUGCAUUGUUACUUGGCUAUUACCAGCAAAAUAGAACCAAGGUCCUAAUCCAUUGUUUCAUACUUGUUAUUCAGCCUAACUGCAAGGUUUGAUAAGAAUAUAAAGGUGAAGCACUGAUGUAACCAUGGAAGUAUUAAAGAUGAAAGGUGAACCCUUUUCUGAUGAGGAACAGGAUGCUUUAUUGGAUAUCAACUUGGUGAAAAAUGAAGGGGAAUCUUUAAAAUUAACUUGUACAACAGGAAAAGCAGAUUCCUUAGCAGAAAGCUCUUCACAUACCAUUUUGAAGUUUGAUGUAGCAAAAGAAGAAAAAGAAGAGAACUGUGAUGAAGAAACAGAAAAAAUGGAGAACAUAUUAGUCAGAGUGAAAACAGAACAGCCUGGUGAUGUACUUCAAGAUGAGAUUAUUUCAAAGUUCAGUGACAGCAAUGAUGAUGAUGUGGAUAGUGUUAUGAAUGUGAAAACAGAAACUGAAUUUCAAAAAGAUUUACAAAAAACUGAACUUGGGUCAGAAAUUACUUGUGAUAUCAAGUCUGGUGUGGACAUCUGUUGUGGAAGUCAGUUACCUCAGGGUGGUGAUAAACCAUACAGUUGUGUAAUCUGUGGAAAAGAAUGUGGAACAAAUAGUAAAUUAAAAAUACAUUUGAGAAUACACACUAAGGAGAAGCCAUAUAUCUGUUCUGUGUGUAGCAAAGAAUUUGGAACAAAGAGUGACCUAAAAAAACAUGAGAGAAUACACACUGGGGAGAAACCAUACAGUUGUAUAGCAUGUGGCAAAGAAUUUAGAACAAAGAGUGACUUAAGUAAACAUGAGAAGAUACACACUGGGGAGAAACCAUACAGUUGCAUAGCAUGUGGAAAAGAUUUUAGAACAAAGAGCGACCUAAAAAAACAUGACAGAAUACACACUGGGGAGAAACCAUUCAGUUGUAUAGUAUGUGGCAAAGAAUUUAGAACAAAGAGUGACCUAAAAAUACAUGAGAGAAUACACACUGGGGAGAAACCAUAUGGUUGUUCUGUGUGUGGCAAAGAUUUUGGAACAAUGGGGAACUUACAAAAACAUGAGAGGAUACACACUGGGGAGAAACCAUACAGUUGUGUGGUUUGUGGAAAGGAAUUUGGAGUAAUGGGUAACCUGAGAAAACAUGAAAGGGUACACACUGGUGAGAAACCAUACAGUUGUGUUGUGUGUGACAAAAUAUUUAGAACAAAGUGUGACCUAAAAAAACAUGUGAGGAUACACACUGGUGAGAAACCACAUAGUUGUUCAGCAUGUGGCAAAAAAUUUAUAACAAGUAGUGAACUGAAAAGUCAUGAGUUAGUACACACUGGGGAGAAACCAUACAUUUGUGUAGUGUGUGGUAAAAAAUUUGGAAUAAUGGGUAACCUAAAAACACAUAAUAGGAUACACACUGGAGAAAAACCAUACAGUUGUAUAGUGUGUGGAAAACAUUUUAGAAGCAAUGGCAUUUUAAAAAAACACAAGAAGACGCACACUAAAGAGAAACCAUACAGUUUUCUAUUGUAAAGCAAAAUAUUUGUACCAAAUGGUAAACUGACGAGCCAUAAGGGAUGUACACCAGCAGGAAUGUAUCACAUUAUUGAUAGAAAUUACUGGUUAUUGAUAAUAGGUAUAAUCUUCUAGCUAGGCCUUUUUUUCUGAACAUGAGGACAGAUAUUCACUAACAAGAAACUAUCAGUUCAUUAACAAAGCCAACAAUUCCACCUCUAUUUAGUGUGAGGUAAAGAUUGGAAGCAGUAGUGGGCUAAAACACUGGAUGGUAUAAUCUGUAGAGAAGCAAUCCAGAUAGGAAGUUUGUGGCUCUGUCUUUCCAGAAGUUACUUAUUUAGAAAAUAUUCAAGAAUAUAAGUAAGAUACACUUUGUCAUGCACUUUUCGCCAGACAUGAGAGAAAAAUUCUCAAAUAAGAUUGCUGCUUUAUAAUAUAAAACCCUUUUAAUGAUUUUCGUAAGCUUAGGAGAAAAAAAAAUGUGUAUUGUUACACAUUCUGAAUUGUACACAUUUAAUGAUAUUAUGUAUGUAAAUUAUGUUAAUAUUACAAACCUUGGUUUUUGCUUAUCUUCCGAUUUUAUUUAAAGAAUCUAGAACAUUUUAUAGCAAAUUUCAAAUUAUUUUGUUGGUUCAUAAUCCAUAUUAAAUAGAUAUAUUGUUGCAUAACUUCUUAGUUUUUGUUUUUAUAAAAAGUUAUUUGCAUACACUUGUUACCACUUGCAGUUCAGGAAUCACCUUGAAUCUAAUGAACUUCUGCUUGUAGUUCAGGAAUGUUCUGAAAUAUUGACAAUGUACAAUUAAUCUCAGUGCUGUAAUGUGUAAUACCAAAGAAAUAAAAUCAGUAACUUUCUGAACUGUA